UGUCGCUAAAAAGCUCUCUGGUUGACCAGCACCGUAACCGGAAGUAGGCGUGACUCAUCUUGAGUUGUAUCUUUGUUACAGGAAGUACAGCAGCUUUUUGAUAAACAGCGCCUCUCUGUGGUCACAAACGGUCUCUAACGGUCACUAUUUGAAUACAUUUCUUUAAAAAUGUGCUACAGAGUGAGGCGGGUCACUUUUGCUAACUGACAGAGUAUUUAUUUUAGUUUGAGGUUACAGGAAGUCGUUGUUGUGCUGUCUGCUAGCGGCGGUGUUUACUGCCUGCGCAGAGGAGCAGAAAACUGUCAACUCAUGUUGGUUCGGAGUCCAUGUUGUCUUCCAGAGCGUUAGCAGCCGUAGCAGCGGGCAUCACUCUCAUCACCGUGGCCGAACACAUGAGCUCCGUGGCGGGAACCGCUCACUGUGGGCUCCGGGGGCCGCAGGGCUCCGGCAGCCCGAACGGGAGGCGGCUGCAGCGGCUGGUCGGAGUCUCCGGCUGCGGUCCGAACCGGGUCAACGACCUGCUGCUGCUGCGGCCCGAAUCAGACGAAGAGAGCUGCUCCGGAACCAAGGAGAGGGGCAGCAACAGACACGUUGUCUUCUUCCAUGGAGACAUCCAGAACUUCAAGGAGGAGAUGGCCGUGCAGCCGGAGGCGUCUCAGUGGCUGUCCUGGAGUCUGGAGCAGGUGGCUCUGGUUCUGGGCCAGCGGUUCCCCAACAGGAACAUCUGGGUGGUCAAAGCCUCCCGCAUGUACCUCAACAAGUUCAGCUGCUACCAGAACUUCGUGGAGAGCAACAUGUUCGGUGCGCCGGAGCACACUGCCUACACCGCCGACGGCGGAGCUUUUCACCAGCUCAGGUCGCUGCUGACCAACGCCAUGGAGCGGGCCAAGCUGCCGCCUUCAGGGGGCGCCGGCGGUCUGCCACCCGGGUUCUCCCUGACCCUGGUGGGCUUCAGUAAGGGCUGCGUGGUUCUCAACCAGCUGGUGUACGAGCUGCCCGGGGCGCGCGCCGACCCCAACAUGGCCGCUUUCGUGCGGCGGAUCUCGGACGUGUUCUGGCUGGACGGGGGCCACCCGGGCGGCAGCCGCACCUGGGUGACGGACCGCGAGGCGCUGCGGGAGCUGGCGGCCAGCGGCGUGUCCGUGCACGCGCACGUGACCCCCUACGAGGUGCGCGACCCCAUGAGGGCCUGGGUGGGCCGCGAGUACGGCGUGUUCAUCCAGACCCUGGAGGAGCUGGGCGCCUGCCCCAGCAGGAAGCUGCACUUCCAGGACGAGCCGCCUUCCAUCCAGAACCACUUCCGGGUCAUCCUGGAGUUCUGAGUUCUGCUUCCUGUUUUGGUCUUAGAACUUUACAAACAUGACGGGAAACAUGUUUACAUUUCAUGUUAAUUUAAUAUUUAACCUAAUAAUAUCUGAUGUAGCAUUCAGAGUACGGAGGGCCAGAAAUGACUAAAUUAAACAUCAUCAAGUUAAAUAAAUAAAUGUUUGAUGUAAUAAACAUAAUAAAUGGUUCUGGUUUGGUGAGUUUGACCACAGGAACCAUAAAUAAACACGAUUUAUUUUAUGCAUCGGCAAUUAUAAGUUUGCAUCUAAAUUAGUAAUUUUCAUAUAUAAUAAAGUGUCUUAAAUAAAUGCACAUGUAUCUUUUUAGUUAGCUAAUAUGUAAUUUUGUCUCUUCUGGCCCUCCGUACCGGAAGUAAACAGCCUCAUUCCUUCAGUCUGAACCCAGGGUUUAUUUUUCUUCCUUUGAUGAACUGAAACAUGGCGGUUCUGAUGCUGAGCUCCAGAACUCGACCCGACCCGGUGGAAUCUGUAGGCAGAACUGUGAGCCUCAGAACCGAUCCAACCCGGGAAACAGUCCGGAUCAGAAGGUCCGGUCCGAUCAUCUGCAUUUUGGGUUUUUAAUAAUUCAUCAGAACCGGCUGUGAGGUUCUGAUCCGGUCAGGCUCAGAUGUAUUCAUACGCCCUGUGGCUGGUAUUGGACCGGUUCUGAUGGGGCAGAACUGGGAGUGUGGGGAGGAGGUCCAGAACCAGUUUGGAUCGGGUCAGCCAACCAGUUAGCCGCUGGUCCGAGGAGGAAAACCAGCCCACAGCAUGAUGCUGCCACCACCGACUCCAAAAUAGACAGUUUAGCUCCACCAUGGAGUCAAACAUCUCAGCAUCCAACCAAACAUCCAACCAAACAAACAAACAAACAUCCAUCCAGUUCUGGUUUCAGCAGCUGAAUGUUGAUCAAUUUUUUCAUCCUGAAAUUAAAACGGUUCAAUAAUCAAUAAAAUCUCUAAAUGAUUGGCCUCCAUGAUGGAUGAAGCUCCUCCCCUCUUCAUCACUUCCUCCUCUUCCUCAGUUAGCGGCUCUUUUUCCUGAUGUUUCUGCUGAAUGUAACUUCUGAUGCAUUCCUUGUUGUCGUGCUGCUGGUGGUCAGCAGGGGGCGCCACUGGGACAGACACGCCACGCUGAUACUGUUGUCUACAACUUUAAUGAGCUUUUCCAGUUUGCUGUGUGACACUUACAGAUUAGCCAGCAGUUAUCAGAUUACAGAUUAUUUCUUCUGUUGAAAAUGUAAUUACGCUCAAACAUUAAAAAACAAAUAAAAAUAAAGUUACAUCCUUUCA